UUGGAUAGUGCCAAUUUUAAAAAUAGUCAUUUUUGAUCUGCAUCCGGUUAACGAAGCACGAAAGAAAAUGACAACAAAAAAGAAAGAGUCUAGCAGUGAACCAGUGUUUGAUCUUGAACAACAGUUUAUAUUACGAUUACCUCCAGGACCUGCCAUGGCACUAAGACAGGAUAUCCAGUCUUCUUCAAACACACUUAAAGACAGACUGAGCAUUGAAACACAGCCAGAUUUCAGACACGCAAAUGUUAGAUAUGGAAAUCAAAUUUUCCAUGGCAAGCUUGUUGAUUUACCUAGCAUCAUUGAAACUCUAAAAACAGUGGACAUGAAGACCUUCUACAAAACAGCUGAUGUCAGUCAGAUGUUAAUAUGCAAAUCUGAUGAGGAAAUGAGUCAAGAUGAAAAUGAGAGCCCAAAGAAAAAGGAGAAAGACAAAAAACAUCUUUGGAACCAUGGCAUAACCAGACCUUUAAAGAAUGUCCGAAAAAGAAGAUUUAGAAAAACUCUCAAGAAAAAGUACAUGGAGCAACCAGACAUAGAGAAAGAGGUAAAGCGUUUGUUCCGGACGGAUGCUGAUGCCAUUGAUGUUAAAUGGGAGGUGAUCACGGAGGAGGAAAAACCGGAAUCCUCUGGACAGAUGUCAGUGGUGAAUAAAUCUGGAGGAUCCAGCUUAAAGAGGGCAGAUACAUCCACUAGUCUGGAUAAUUAUGCUAUAUUUGGGGACCUCAGCAGUUCUGAUGAGGAGGAGGAGAAGGAUAUUAAUGUGAUGGACAGUGGGGAGGAUGACAUGUCUCGUCUCUCCUUUUCCCAGCACCAGAUGAGUUUUGAUGGCAUGGAUUCCUCUAAUGUUGAAGGACAGGAUAUCAUGACAGAUGCUGAAAAUGCUGAACUACAAGGUAAACUAAAUGAGCUUAAACGACAAGUAGCAGAAAUACGUCUGAGACGAGCGUCACAGGAGCAGAGUGAGUCCAGCAUUACAGACCCAGAACAGAAGGAAAAAGCUCAAACUCUGCUUAAGAAAAUCGUUCAAGAGGAAAAUGAAAAGCUUCAAGAGUAUGAAAUACUGUCUUCAAUGUUGUCUCAAUACCAACAACAUCAAAAUGGUUUACAACCUUUGAACCACGAGAAUUCAGAGCCUGACAUCAUAGCGUGUAUCGAUAUUGGUACAACAUACUCUGGAUAUGCGUUUGCAUUAAGAAAAGAUCUUGAAGAGGACCGACUCGCUGUUCACGUGAACAAAGACUGGAUCUCCGGAAACGCCAAACUAACAACACUGAAAGUUCCGAGCACGGUUCUGUUGACCCCUGAGAAGAGGUUCCAUUCCUUUGGUUACGAGGCAGAAUGGAAAUACGGACAAUUAGCUGCAGACAAAAACCACCUUGGAUGGUAUUAUUUCAGAAAGUUCAAGAUGACAAUGAUGCAAACUGAGAAUUCUACAUGUAACAUUGGCACCAGCAUUAUUGACGACACUGGGAAACCUCUCCGUGCAGUAGCUGUGUUUUGUGCUGCAAUUAAAUACUUGAGAAACCAUCUAGUGGACGCUCUAGCCGGUACUAUGAAAGGUGUGGAUCCAAAUUGGAUCUUGGAUAACUUUUCUUUUCAAUGGGUCUUUACUCAUCCUGUAAACUGGGACGAGCAAACGAAGCAAAUAAUCACAAUGGCUGCCAAACAGGUUGGCAUUAACAAUGCUACGUUAGUGUCUGAAGCAGAGGCUGCAUCGUUUUAUUGCCAAGUUUCACCGCUACAUAGAAUCAACACGCGGAACGGAGAAAUGAUCUGUCUGCAGACCCUGGGCAUGAAGUACCUAAUGCUAGACUUAGGCGGUGGAAGCAUUGACUCGACUAUACUUCAGUUGACAAACGACACUAAUUUGAUCGAACUUGUAAACAACUGUGGGAAUCUAAACGGUGGAAUCAAAGUGGAUGCAGCUUUUAUUAACUUCCUAAUGCAGGUGGUAAAUGAAGAAGUGAUGGAAAAAUUUGCCGGAAGCUUUAAGGCUGAUCUGUCCCAACUUCACAAAGAGUUUGAAAUCAAGAAACGAACGUUUGAUCCCAAAUCUACAGAACCGAUAGUAUUCAAAUUACCUUCAGUAUUAAGGAGGAUUUUCGAAGUGAACAUGAAGCAGGCACUUCAACUGAAGAUUGAACAAUCGGAGUACGGAUACUUAGUGAAGCUAAAUGGUGAUAGUUUAAGCAUGGAUCCAGAUGUUUUUAAAGGAUUUUAUGCUGCUGCUCUAGAAAAUAUUUCUAGUGCUUUGCUUAAAGUGUUAUAUACAAAGGACGGCAAAGGCUGCAAAACUGUGGUUAUGGUGGGCGGCUUUGCUUUGUCCCCUCUUGUGCAAAACGCUAUUCGUAUGAAGUUUCCCGAUUUGACGAUCUUAAUGCCCCCUGAUCCCGAUCUAGCUGUGAUGAAGGGAGGUGUGUUGUAUGGAUAUGAUAACCAUCCGGUAAUUUAUAUGAAAGCAAAGUACACUUACGGAAUCGGAAUGGCGAUGCCUUUCAAAAAAGGUGACCAUCUGGAGGAAAAGAAAUUUGAAUCUAAUGGGGUGGUUCUGUGUAGUGAUGUUUUCAAAACCCAUAUAUCACAGUACCAAGAAGUUCAGAUAGGACAAUUCGAAAGCCGGACACAGUUGUACAUCAACAGGAAAGACCAGAGAUUUCUAUGUAUUCCAGUGUAUUUGUCUACGGUCAGAGAAGCUUUGUUCACAACUGAAGGGACGUGUCAUUAUCUAGGGAAAAUGAAAAUCACUUUAGUGUCAACAAGAGACGAAAGAGCACCCAUAUCUGUCAAGAUGGCGCUCACGUACCACGAACUAAUAGUGGAAGUGACGGACGAGGGAAGUGGAAGAACGAUUCGGGACGUCUUCGCUGAUUCGCCUCACGUGGAUUGUAUUCAUGAGAUGGUUUUAACAGCAACAUAUGUCACUGUUCUAGGACUGAUUGUACAAAUGAAAUUGUACAGCAGUGUCGUUCACGGCGAAGAAUCUAUAGUGACCUGUGAUUUAGAGCCUUCACUGGAGAGGGGACCCACGUAUUACCGACGAUUGACUCCCUGGGGGAAAUGGCUAGAAAUGCCGUGCCCCCCUAAAACUGUAUUCAUAGCGAGAUGGUGCAGGUGUGAUUAUCCUGAAAUGGAAGAGAUUCUAACAAAAGCAAAUAAAGACAUAGUGUCAGUUACAACAACAAAACAAACAACAUCACAACCUCAUCCGCCUACCACACCCAAUGAAGUUAGCUCAACAACAGAUCGAUCAACAACACAAAGGAAAACAAGUGUAAGAACAACAUCAAUAACAACAACAACAACAUCUCCAAAGACUUCAUCAACAUCAGAUAAACGUACCACCGAUAAGAACGAAAUGUUAUCAUCUUCUUCCAAACCAGAGACAACAUCAGAUUCUCACGUACCAUUGACAUCAGUAAAACCAAUAGUGACAGAAUCUACUGACUUUGAUAAUGAAAGCAAAGUUUCCACUACAACAGUGUUAUCGACGAGUAGCUGGAGCUAUACAACUAUCAACAAACACAAGCAUGACAACCAUACAUUGGAAUCGACAACAGCGACCAAAGAGUCCACACCGUCUGCUACGGAAGACAACAAAAUGGAUAAUUCUUCAAUGGCUCACAAUACUACACUGGCUCCAUUAGUUUCGACGUCGUCUUCAAUUUCUGAAGAACAUUCGAAUAUCCAUAAAAAUCAAACGACACCACAUGACCAUAAUCUAACUUCUACAACAAAUACAUCAGUAACAACGAACGUGACACAGACUGUCUCUUUGUUAUCGACCAAAGCAUCUACUCUCGGCAAACGAGAAACAACAAAUCCAACGACAGUGAUGAAAACAACGACGACGUCGCCUUCAACAAAAUUAUCUCCAACAAUGAGUCCUUGUAAGUACCAGGAGAUUGCAGACGACAAGUUUUCGUACAUGGGAUACAUAAAUGCUGACAUAGGUUGGAUUCGUUUCCAGUGCCCCCAUCACCAACAGUUCAGUCUGGAAAGAUGUGGCUGCUUUAAUCCAAUGGAAAUAAGCACAACAGCAACAACAACAGAAUAUAUCACGACGAUAGGCAUUCCUAAAGGAUGUCCGUAUGUGAAAGAGGGGAAAAAGGCAUUUCGGGAAUUCAUAGAUGUAUUAAAAACAUGGGUGUUUUCCGAAUGUGGUGAAAGUUAUGAAUUCAGUCAGCUAAAAUGCGGAUGUGUUUUAGAGGGAACUUCUCCGGACGGAGACCACGAUACUUUCGUCAAGACAACAGCAUCUCCCAUUUCAACAGCACCUGUGUUGACAUCCACAGAAGAAGUACCGCCCGGAUGUCCAUACAUUGCUGUUGGAAAAUCUUCUUUUCGAGAAUACGUGGCAAACAUCCAGUCGUGGGUGUAUUCAGACUGCGCUCCAGAGCACGUGUUCAAACAAGCUGCUUGUAGAUGUGAACCUGAAACUAUUGUUAUUAAUGGAUGUCCGUUUAUAGCGGUUGAUAAAUCCUCCUUCAAAGAAUACAUAGACAUAUUGGGGGAGUGGGUAACGUCCGACUGUCCGAAUGGCUUCUCGUACAGUCCCAGCUUAUGUAAAUGUGUCCAGCAAGACUGCAAACACGAGGCUGUUGGUUUAACGUCCUUCAGAACCUUUAUUGAGGAAAUCAAAGACUGGGUGAUAUCAGACUGUCCAAAGAGCCACAUUUAUAGCCCAUCUUUAUGUAAAUGUGUCAAUGAAGGAGGUGGAGGAACAGCCAUUCAUAUCCCUGACCACGUGGUACAAACAGUGACAACUACACCAUUACCAGUAUCAACGGAAGCCUUAUCUAGGGUGACCACGGCAGAUUGCCCGGCUGUAGCUAAGAUUGGUGGAUACAGGCGAUACAUUCAGGCCGUGGGCAGCUGGGUGGACUAUGAUUGUCCUAUUCACACCGAGUUUAAUGUUCGAACAUGCUCCUGUCAAAAAGCUGGAUGUAAGUACGUACAAGACCAGACAGGAUACAAAGAGUUCGUGGAUCUGUUGGGGACGUGGAUUUUCUACGACUGCCCCGUGGGGACUUCUUUCCAGAAAGACAGCUGCAAAUGUGAUAAAGAAAGUUCAAUAAAGCGUUUGACAACACUUAAACCGACGCUACCAGAUCAUCACAAUGGUAAACAUCCGGGGGACUCUGGAAACAACACUUCUGACUGCCUGAAAGUUCAGAAAAACAACGGAUAUAUGGAGUUUUUGGCCUCACUUGGUGACUGGGUCUACUAUGAUUGUCCUGUUGAGCAGGUGUUUAGUGAUAGUGAUUGCGCAUGUGUAUAUACUGGAAGAGGUCCAAAUAAAAAUGGUGGUAAAACAGGAUGUGCAUUUUCAUCUACUGGGGACGGAACAUACCGACAGUUUGUGGACGAAAUCAGCCAGUGGGUGUCCUACGACUGUCCUAUAGGCCAACGCUUUGACAAUGAACUCUGUAAAUGUACAGGAAAAGAUGCUACGUCAAAUGGUGCCAAUAACACCCCAAGACCAAGACAAACAACGGCCUCCCCCUGCUCGAUGAAGGUGUCUGAUAUGGGUGAGGAUUACUUCCUUUUGUAUGUGGAGGGACACGGUGACGUCCUGUAUCAAUGUGAUUUUGGCUUCGUUUUCAAUCAAACUCAAUGUGGUUGUGUGAAAGAAGCCACGAAGUCAACAACACCUAAAACAACAUAUAUUACUCCAGACUUCAGCAUAAGAACUCGAAUUUCGAAGAAUAAGAGAAGGAAAUGGAAGCCAAAAGCAACUGCCAAAAAGGAAAAGAAAAGGGAUACAUGAAAUUCAUUGUAUAUUU